AUGGACAAAGGUUGUUUCUUCAACGAGAAAGAGUUCAAGAGAGAACAGGCGAGACGAUUGAGACUCAAAGGUCCUCCGAUUCUUCCAUCUCUUUCCAACUAUUGUCAGUUUCCAGCUCUUUCCACUCCGCCGACGCGUCCCGUUCCGUGGGCUCCGUUCCUGCUCGAGCACCUCUCCGUGCUCCUGCUCCUCUUCCUCUUCUUUCGUGUUUCCGGCGAAUGCUCCGCCGAGCCCCUACUUCCAUGGGUUCUCAUGACAACUGCCGGCGCUUGGAGUGUCCUGCGAGUGUUCGGCAUCGGAUUGGUGUUCGAGAUGAUGGCGAUUAGGUGAGCACCGACACUACUGUUCCAGUGUGCACAUGAAUUGUCUUUUGACGCGGUUUCUAGGGUUACUAAAAGGUCACUUCCAAUGAACUUUGCCUAUACCCCUAUCAUGAAUCACGAAUGUUCUAUAAUUCCAGCACAGUGACGCUCUCGACGCUCGGCCUCAAAUGCCUGCUCUUCGUGCUCUUCGUGCCCGCGCGCCAGUGCUCGCUGCUCAUUCUGACGCCUUCACUCUUCGUCUCCCUCUUCUCGCUCAUCCUUUUGCUCGUCUACUUCGUCAUCUGUUCCAAGUACACCCUCUACUUUUGUCCGUUCAAAGUGGACCGCAACAACAAGGCGAAAGCAACGCUAGUCGACUCUGAAACGUUCGAGAUUGUCGCCGUGCUCGUCGAGGGCGGAAUAGAGUUCGUUGCGGCGGGCACUUAUUUGAGAACGAAUUGA